AUGGCGCGCGUCUAUGCCGAUGUUAACGAACAUAUGCCCCGGUCCUACUGGGACUAUGACAGUGUGAACAUCUCCUGGGGUGUUUUGGAGAAUUACGAGGUGGUCCGCAAGAUCGGCCGCGGAAAGUACUCCGAAGUGUUCGAGGGCAUCAACGUCGUCAACUACCAGAAAUGCGUUAUCAAGGUACUCAAGCCGGUCAAGAAGAAGAAGAUUAAGCGUGAGAUCAAGAUCCUUCAGAACCUGGCGGGUGGCCCCAAUGUGGUCGCCUUGUUGGACGUGGUUCGCGACAGUCAGAGCAAGACGCCAAGCUUGGUGUUCGAAUAUGUCAACAACACGGAUUUCCGGACCCUCUACCCGCGGUUCUCCGACUAUGAUGUCCGUUUCUAUAUUUUCGAGCUUCUGAAGGCCCUGGAUUUCUGCCACAGCAAGGGUAUCAUGCACCGCGAUGUGAAGCCUCACAAUGUCAUGAUUGAUCAUGAGAAGCGCAAGCUCCGCCUUAUCGAUUGGGGUCUUGCCGAAUUUUACCACAAGGGCACGGAAUACAACGUCCGCGUCGCUUCCCGUUACUUCAAGGGUCCCGAGCUUCUUGUCGAUUUUCAAGAAUACGACUACUCUCUGGACAUGUGGUCCCUGGGAGCUAUGUUUGCUUCCAUGAUCUUCCGCAAGGAGCCCUUCUUCCACGGUAACAGCAACUCCGACCAGUUGGUGAAGAUCGCCAAGGUGCUUGGUACCGAGGAGCUGUUCGAGUACCUGGACAAGUACGAGAUUGAGCUGGACCCUCAAUAUGAUGAGAUCCUUUCCCGCUUUCCCCGGAAGCCUUGGCUCUCGUUUGUAAAUGCUGAGAACCAGCGCUUCGUCAGCGAUGAAGCGAUUGACUUUUUGGACAAACUACUCCGUUAUGACCAUGCUGAACGCCUUACUGCCCAGGAGGCCAUGGCUCAUCCAUACUUCGCCCCCGUGCGGGCGGCCGAGGCCCAGGCUGCCCGGAACAACACCACGACUGCCUAA